GAGGCUGGUCAUGUGACUCUGACUCUAUCAGUGGAGGGAGACUCUGUCAUUAACAAUUCAAUUGUCAUCUACACCACCUCUGACACCAAUAACACAGCUCAAGAAGAUGAAGAUUUCAAUAAAACUGUAAAGAUUGUGGAAAUUCGGCCAAACGACACUCUAAUCACUGUCACCGUCCCUAUCGUUAACGAUGCAAUUGACGAAGGAGUAGAAAUAUUUUCCGUUGCCACGUCG